CGAACCAUCAGGAAUGGUGUAGCAAUAAAUUGUGAAGGAACAAAUCUCUUAACAAAUCCCUAUAAAUAUGUGAUGCAAUAAGCUUCGUAAAACCAUCUAAUCAAAUCAUCAAUCAAUACUGCAAGCAAGCCAAUCAAUUUUCAUUUAAUCAGUAAUUUUGAUUCCUAAUUUUCUAAUUCAACCCGAUCUUCUGAAUUAAAAAUGUCGAUCAUUCCAAACUUCUUUGGCAACAGAAGAACCAACGUUUUCGACCCAUUUUCUCUAGACGUAUGGGAUCCAUUCCAGGACUUCCCAUUCUCAUCCCCAACCUCAUCCUCCGCGCUCUCUAUGCCCCGUUCUGAAUUAUCCAAAGAAACGUCACAAUUAGCCAACACUAGAAUUGAUUGGAAAGAAACCCCAGAAGCACAUAUCUUUAGAGCCGAUCUGCCCGGCGUUAAGAAGGAGGAAGUGAAAGUUGAAGUUGAAGAAGGGAGAGUUUUACAGAUAAGUGGAGAGAGAAGCAGAGAAACUGAAGAGAAGAAUGAUAAAUGGCAUAGAGUUGAACGUAGCAGUGGCAAAUUCCUUAGGAGAUUCAGGUUGCCUGAGAACACGAAAGUGGAUGAAGUUAAAGCUGCUAUGGAGAAUGGAGUCCUUACUGUGACUGUUCCCAAAGUUGAAGAGAAGAAGCCUGAAGUGAAAUCUAUUCAGAUUUCUGGUUAGAGUUUCAGAACUGACAGCAAAAUGUGAUCCUGCCCUUUGGUAUUGGUUUCAUUAUGGAGUGAUUUUAAUAUGUUAUUAGCGUCAGUGUUGCCCGGAGUGGUUGUGUCUAUGAUCUUGUGUUAUUAGUGUCAGUGUUGUUGUUCAAAAUAAUUUGGCAGUGGUGUUGUUACUGUUUUUGUUGCCUUUGGCUACAAAAUCGGUUGUUGGUGUCUUUGGUCUUGUAAUCUUUGUUCUUCUUAAUUGCAAUCAAUCAAAUUACUAAUUUUCUCUA